GUGAUGUUCGAUACCACUGAUUUCUUUUCUGAUCCGAUACUGAGUAAAAUUCAGGUGGUGUCGGUGAUACUGAUGAAUCUAAAGAAAGUCGUGUAUUUAAAAUCAUAGCAUCAUAAAGAAUACAGGACAUCAGAGUAAUUUAUUUAUUUAUUUUAAACUCGGAGGUAUAGUGAGGUACUUUACUAUAUAGCCGAGCUAAAACAACAACAACAAAAGGAAACAAAGGGUUCAAUCAAUUUAAUUAUUAAGAACUACUACAAAAUAAGGAGACUUGUUCUGAAAUUUAACUCUGUUCUCUCCUCUUCUGUUCUCAUCAUAAAUGCCUCGUACUCUGAGUUGUGGUUUAACCUGAGAUGGUUCCCAAGGUUUGUUGUGUUGCUAAAACUCAAAAGUUUAGUUCCUUUCCACUAUUUCCCCGUUAAUGACACGCAUUACCUCAAAUGACUGACGUAUCAAAAGUAUUUUUGAUUUAAGAAUCGACUUUAGAGCAUAAAGGUCUGGUAUCGGAGGUAUCGAGAUUUCAGUAUCGACCUGCACCUCGCUACCGCCAAGAAACCCAAGAAGAAGAAAGCGAAGACGAAGAAGAAGAAAAACGAGCUGAAAACAACAGCGCAAAAAGCUAAGUUAGGUUUUACUGAACAGAACCUUCUGAGAAAAAGAGAAAGAUAACGUACAAACAUCUGAUUAGGAUCCAGAAGGAAACAGGGCUAAUGCACAGGAUUUAGUUUAUUUCUACUUGUUUGUUUUUUCUUUUGAAGUUUUUUUUCCCCCUUUUACAAAUACUACUAAUCCACACUCCAGUCCGGCAGGUGGCGGCACCUAAAAGCUGGUUCCAAAUCUAAAGAAGAAGACAAACAAGCUAGUAAAACAAUGCCACAUUCUGCUGUUUUUGGGUCUAAUUGCAAGACCAACGGCAACGCAGAUACUGACGUGAGUAUCCACAAAGUUCCUAGUGACAAUAAGAGGAAAAUAGAGCUGGAAAAUGCGCAGCGUCCCGAGGAGCCGCGGCUCUACUCUCUCCACUUCGUGCCGGUCGCAUUUCAGGCCUUUAACCAACCCCCAAAUGAGCCGACGGGGGCCGAUGGUGAUAAACGGAGGCUAAGAGACAAUGCUGUGCCGACGGUCUUCCCACACAACUACUCUAAAAGGCCCCGGGAAGCGAUGGUGAAGCGCUCCCAUAAAAGCCCGAGAAAGGAGACGGUGGACGGGAUCAUGCUACUGUGCAAACUGCCCGAUGCAGCAGCUCGGAUGUAUGAAGCCGUGUGGGAUCCGGCAGAUGUUCACCGCCGCAUAACUCUGGACCACAAUUACGCAGAUGUCCAGCAGCUGUUGGCGAUUAAAGAAGAAGUUCCCCCCGAUCUGGACCAGCAGGACCCAGAACUGCUCCACAUAAAGGAGGAACAGGAGGAACUCUUGACCAGUCAUGAGGAACGGUUCCCAUUCGCUGUGGUUCAAGUGAAGAGUGAAGGUGAUGAAGAGAAACCUCCUCUCUCACAGCUUCAACUAAGACAAACUGAAGACGAGAAGGAGACAGAGUCUCCAACCAGCAGCUCAGCUCCACAGAUGAAAACAGAAGCUGAUGGAGAAGAACCAGCUCGGAACCCAAAUCCAAACAGCACUAAUAAAAAGUCUUCGGACUCUUCUGAGACUGAAGUUGCUGAUGAUGAAGGCGAUGGUUGGCUGAGCCCUUCGUCAGAUUAUAAACUUGAAAAUGGUGACGAUGAGGAGGAGGAACUAAGCACAGACACGGCGGACGAAGAGGAUUAUUAUCGACACCACUCGAAUGUUGAGAUUAAAAACCUCAGUGUCCAUCAGGCGCAGGACGUUUCCAUCAAGCACAUUUCAGACGUCCAGCAGCUCUCGGUCAUUAAAGAAGAAGUUCCCUCUAACUUGAGCCCCAGUCUGGAGCAGCAGGGACCAGGACCCGUCCACAUAAAGGAGGAACAGGAAGAAGUCUUGUCCAGCCAGGAGCAAGAACAGCUUCAUGUGCUGGAGGAGGCUGAUGUCACCAGGUUCAAAGACUCUGCUGUGAAAAGUGAAAGCGACCAAGACAAACCUCCGUCCUCACAGCUUAAUCAGAGCCAAACUGGAGACACCGCGGAGACAGAGACUCCGACAAACAUCUGGACUGAACGGAUGAAAUCAGAAAGAGGUGGAGAAGACGUUGGUGCACGGGAACCAGCCAGGAACUCAAACCCAAACACUCAUUUCCAGCCACAUGCUGAUGAAACCUCCACUGAAACAGAAGGUGGUGACAAGGCUUGUAUGAGACUUCACAGAAGAAAAAAAACUCUUGUGUGUGAUAUUUGUGGACAGAGUUUCACUCAGGGCGUAAACCUUAACAGCCACAUGAGGGGACACACUGGGGAGAAACCAUACAGUUGUAAUGUUUGUGAAAAAACAUUUGCCCGUGAUUGUAACCUCAGCAGACACAUGAUCGUCCACACAAGAGAGAAACCGUUUGCGUGUCACGUGUGCGAUCUGAGAUUUAAGCAUCGAGCGAGUCUGAAGAUGCACAUGAGAGUUCACACCGGAGUCAAACCCUUCGCAUGUGUCGUUUGUGGUGGAAGAUUUAACCGAAGUGGAACUCUGAAGAUUCACAUGAGACUCCACACGGGAGAGAAACCGUUUGCUUGUGACGUUUGUGGUCACAGUUACACUGUAAAGUCAAACCUGACCAAACACAUGAGAGUCCACUCACAGCAGAGACCAUGCGGCUGCUGCAUAUGUGGGAAGACGUUUAACCGGGAGGCUCAUCUUAAAACUCACAUGACUGUUCACACGAGGAAAACGCCGUGGAUGUGAGUUUAUUCACCACCAUGAUCUCAGGGUUCACACGAACGUUCACGCAGGAGAGAAACCGUUUCUUUCUGAGUCGACUCUUUAUUCUCUCACUGAACGAACAGCAGAAUCACAGCAGGAGGGUUUUUCAUGGAACCAUGUUCACUGAAGUGCGUUUAAUAACCUGAAUACGUAACAGGUGAAGUCUCCACGAGGUAAAAUGUUCUACAACGAGACAUUAAAUCAACAUUUGUUUUCUAUAUAUUUUUCUCUUAGUUUGACAAAUUCAUGUUUUGUGUCUUUGUUUUCGGUUUGGAGACUAAGAGAAUAUGUUAAAGAUUAAAGUCUGUUCAGGAAAUCUGACUUUGAGACCACACAUGGAUUUAUUUCCAUGAUCCUCGUCCUCUUAUCACAGCCACGUUCUGACAUUUUGACAUAUUGUUUGUGUUCUCCAGUAUUUAAAUGCAUUAUAAUUCUGUCCUGCUGCUCUCGCACGUAAACAUCGACAGUUUGCAAAGUUUAAACAUCUACAACAUGUUUUUACUAUAUUUUUGUUUGUUUCUUUAAGUGUUUCGUUCCCUGUGGACCAAUGAAAUGUUCUGAAUAUGAAUCUCUACCUCACACUGACUGAGUCAACCAUCAGUUUCUUAUCUGAGUCUGAUCAUAACAAUGUUCAAAAGUUUUAUCUCUUUUCUAAAGAUGCUUCUUACUUGAUGAAACGAUGCCUCUCUACUGACUCUUACACUGUGAGAGCUACUGGCUCAUAAACACUAUAAUAAAUUUGUGAUUAAAGCAUAGAUGGUCUUAUUCCAGGGACUCAAAGUCUAAAUCUGUUUCAUGGGCAGGUGUGAACUAUUUCAGUCAGGUAGAAGAUCUGGAGUCGAUUCCAGGUUCAUAUGAUUCCUGUUUCUGAGGGACAGAGACCAUCUCUGGGCUCAGAAACAAAGCUGAUUUCUUCCUAAAUGUAUACGAUACCAAAUGAAUGUGUAUCAAAUUUAAGCUGAGUUUACGUUCAUCACGUGGCCGUUAGUGAAUGUGUUUCGUUAAAUGUGUCAAACGUAUGAAUCUAAGUGACGUCCCGUCUUUAAUCCACAGGGUUUAAUACGACGUCUCCAGCCUUUGCAGCUCUAACAGCUUCAGAUCUUCUAGGAAGGUUUUCCACAGAUUCAGGAUUGUGUCGAUGGGAGUUUUUGGACCGUUCUUCCAGAAGCUCAUUAGUGAUGUUUGAGGAGGAGAAGGUCUGGAUCACAGUCUUCAUCUA